GUCCUGAGGAGAUGUGAGGAAACAUCGGAGAAAUAGAUCGGUACUCUGGGCUUUUUGGUCGGCCCAGAUGAAUAUAUUUAUUAAUUUAUAGUUAACAAAACUCGUCUCGAGUUGCUUGAACUCAAUUAAUGUAAAAUUGUCCGAUAUUCAGUGAUUACUGACUAAAAACUAAACGACCUUCUGGUAAUAAUGUCGACAGGGCGAGUAAAUCUAACCGUUUAUCUUCUGCUGACGACCAUCAGCUGGACUGUAGAGGAGAAAGUUUUCCACAGUAGGGAUCAUUCAGAUGUAGAAAUGUCCUUAUCUCAUCAAGCUGAACUCAUCACAGACACUUACACCGCACAGCACUUUCUGUCAAAGUAUGGAUUCAUGAAGCCAGUAAAUUGGAAGGAGCCCCAAAACACUGUCGACAACCUUACUGAUGCUGAUCUCUCCUCAGACGACAUCGACGUCCUGGAGGGGAUGUCGUCGUCUCGUUCUGGAGACGUGGACCAUCCCUCAGAGCCUCCCGACUUUACCGAAGCCCUUGUAGAGUUUCAGCGGGUGUCGGGUCUACCAAUCACGGGUGUUUUCGAUGAUGCCACGAAAGCAGCCAUGAACAAACCGAGAUGCGGCGUCACGGACAAAGAAGACGAACCGCGGUUGGAGUCUGCAGUGGACACCGCCACCGCACAGGACCUGAGUGAAACCUCUGAACUGUUGAAUAACACAGAAACGAAUAAUGACACCACCACUGGUGUAGAUGUUCGGAACAGCACCUCGGCCGACACCAGCACAGCUGUUCGAAAGAAGAGCCGUUUGGUGACGCUGAUGCAUAAAAGCGAGAGGAGGAAAAGGAGCACUGAUGCAUUCUGGGGCCACAUGGCGUUCUCUAAGGGUGUCCUGAAAUGGCGGCUCAUCGGAGAGGGCUACAGCAGCCAACUUUCAGUGGAUGAGCAGCGCUAUAUCUUCAGGUUGGCCUUCAGGAUGUGGAGUGAGGUCUCGCCCCUGGAGUUCGUGGAGGAUUUUCACUCGCCGCUGGAAGAGAUCGACAUUAGACUGGGAUUUGGCACAGGUCGACACUUCGGCUGCUCUCAGCGCUUUGAUGGGGCCGGGAGGGAGUUUGCUCAUGCCUGGUUCCUUGGUGACAUUCAUUUUGAUGACGAUGAACAUUUCACCUCUCCCAACACUGGCAACGGGAUCAGCCUGCUCAAGGUUGCUGUGCACGAGAUCGGUCAUGUUCUGGGCCUUCCUCACAUUUACCGCUCAGGGUCCAUCAUGCAGCCCAGCUAUCUGCCCCAGGACAACGCUUUUGAACUUGACUGGCUCGACAGGAAAGCCAUUCAGAACCUUUAUGGAGUAUGUGGCGGUCGGUUCAGCACCGUGUUCGACUGGAUCAGAAAAGAGAGGACGCCGUACGGUGAAGUGGUGGUGCGCUUCAACACCUACUUCAUGCGGGACGGCUGGUACUGGCUCUACGAGAACCGCAGCAACAGGACCAGGUACGGCGAUCCGGUCUCAGUGCAGGUCGGAUGGCACGGACUCCCGUCCUCGGGCGUGGACGCCUACGUGCACGUGUGGACCCGCACCACGGACGCAGCGUAUUUCUUUAAAGGAACACAGUAUUGGAGGUACGACGGCGAAAAUGAUCAGGCUCUUUCUGAGGAUGCCGAUGGUCAGCAAUAUCCUCGUCUCAUCUCCAAGGGAUUUCCUGGGGUUCCAAGCCCAAUCGAUACAGCCUACUACGACAGGAGAGACUCUCAUAUCUACUUUUUUAAAGGCUCCAUGGAGACGGUCCUUUGUGAUGUGGAGUGUGUUGUGGUUUCGAGCUGAGCUGCGGUGACUAUUUCCUUCUCUCUUGUUGUUGCGGAGGAUUUAAAAUGGGUUCAGCAGGCGGUCAAGAGCUAAGACGAGAGAGAACCUCAUUUCCUCACGCCGUAGAUUCCACAAGAUAUCGGAAGCUUCUCUGUGGGAUUUUGGUCACAUUCAUGCUCCAAGUCUACUGGUCCAUGUCACCCGAGCUCACUGGAAUCGAGACGCAAGAACCUUAUUUUUACCCUUUUGGAAAACACUUUCAAAUGUAUCGACUUUGGGGUUUGGAACAUCUUCCCUAAUCGUGCUGUUUGUUCAUUACUUUAAUCUCACAGAGUUUGUUUAGUAUUUAAAUUUGGACAGUGACCAAUUGUCAGCUUGUAGUUUUUAGUGUUUUUUUUGUUUGUUUGUGGGUCUCUGGUCUAGGUAAAUGAA